UUAAAAAAUGUUAUUUUUAUUAUUAAUAUUUAGCUAUUUAUUUGUUUGUGUUAAUUGUGAUAAUUGUUACUAUGAUGGAAAUGAUUUUUGUGUAUCAAAAGAAGACAUACUAUCAGUGGAUUUAUUACCCGGUACAUUUUUUUUCGAUUCAUUUAAUAAAAGCCAUGAAACUAUUGAUAGUAAUAAAAUUGAUAAUGUUACUAUUGAUGGUACGUAUGAAGAAGCAUUUACAAAAAUGAAUUAUCACAGGAAAAGAAUGAAUGAAUAUCUCUGUCAUGGUUUUAUGGCUGAAGAAAUAUUUCGUGAUGUUAAAUCAAUACGUGUUAAAAGACUUGAAGAUUCAUCAUCAAUGAAUUCAAUACCAGAUUUUUUAGGUGAUGAUAAUGUAACUGUUCAUGAUAAAUUAUUGUCAGACGAAGGAAGCAGUAAAUACAAAGAUUGGCUUCAAAGAACAACAACUUUGAAUGAUGUGUAUCGUCAUUAUAUGCCUCAUAAAAAAAUAAACAAAAGAAUUGGAAUUAAAAGAAAACCAUAUGGUUUUGAUGAUUUUGAUGGUGAUGUUACUGGCUAUGCGGUACCAGCACCAAUGUCACCAGAUAAAGUUGGACCAAGUUCUGAUUAUUAUGAAGAAUCACCAAGUGGACAUGGAAGUUAUGGAAGUCAACGACAUCCACAUUCUUCAAUGCCUCAUGGUGAAAUAAUUCCAAUUAUUCAGGAUGAACAUGACUAUCAUGAACCGAGUCAUCAUGAUGAAGAAGAGUAUUGGCAAACAACUGAACAAUGGAAAAGCAGCAAAGGCGAAUUAACAAUUAAAGAUUUUUUUGAAAUUGCAUUAACAGCAUUGGCAUUUUUGGCUUUUGGAUUAUUUGUUAUUCAAUUAUUAAUGACAUGUGCAAGUCCUCAAAUGCAAGCGACAACAGUUGCUAGUGAUGAAGGAGUAAGAUUUAAAAGAGACACAUCAAAAUUUUCAUACAAAGAUAAUAAUGAGCUUAAUGAAUUAUCACAUCGAGUGUUGCAGUCAAUUGAAGCUGUUAUGGUAGCUGAUAUUGAUUCAGGAAAAUGCUUAAGAUGGACAUUGUGUCGUGAUAAUCAACAUUCUAAAAAUACUGAUACUGCUCAAAGAAUUUGGAUGCCAGUUUGGAGCUUGGGAAUGAGCUGGGUUUCUGGUAGAAUUUCGAAACGUUCAACAUGGCCAACAAUGUUUGAAUCAAUCAAGGCAUCUGUACUUGGUCUUGGUGGUGCUGAUUGUUCAUUAAUUUAUCCUGACUGUGAUCUUGUACAGCAAAGAAAAAAACGUCGUCGUAGACGUAAAAAAUAA